AUGGCCACCACGGCCGCCAAACCCAGCGCCGUCCCGCCAAAAGACCUCGAAAGCUUCCAACAACACCUCGCCAAGUCAACGCGCAUCCUCGCCCUCUUGGGCGCAGGACUGUCGGCUUCUUCCGGCCUGCCGACGUUCAGAGGUGCUGGCGGCUUGUGGAGGACGCAUGACGCGACAUCACUAGCCACGCCGGGCGCGUUCGAGCGCGACCCAGGGCUCGUGUGGCAAUUCUACAGCUACCGACGACACAUGGCACUCCAAGCCAAGCCCAACCCCGCCCACUACGCCCUCGCAGAGCUAGCGAGGAAGAAGGACGCCUUCAUCACGCUGAGUCAGAAUGUCGACGGCCUAUCGCCCCGCGCACAGCACCCAGCUGAGAAGCUCAAGUUGCUGCACGGUUCCCUCUUCGACGUCAAGUGCUCAGAUUUCUUCUGCAACUAUGUCGAGAAGAAUAACUAUACCGAUCCCAUUGUCCCCGCUCUCGCCAUACCAACCGCCGACGACGGCUCCUCUGCACCCCUCGACCCCACUACUACAUCCGCCCGCGAACUAGACAUUGCAGAUGUCAACGUCGCCAUUCCUGAACUGGACUACAGCCACCUGCCCCACUGCCCCAAGUGUCAACGCGGCCUCCUCCGUCCCGGCGUCGUUUGGUUCGGGGAAGCCCUGCCCAAGAAGGUCAUGGAGGACGUCGAUGCCUUUGUGUCGGAUAAGGCGGGUAUCGAUCUCAUCAUGGUCAUUGGUACGAGUGCAAAGGUUUAUCCCGCCGCGGGUUACGUCGACUUGGCGCGCAGUAAAGGCGCGCGCGUGGCGAUUAUCAAUAUGGAUGCUAAUGAUGUGCCUGCGGGCGGACUGUACGACGGCGAUUGGUUUUUCCAGGGCGAUGCCGCGCAGAUUGUGCCCGAGUUGUUGAAGGGCGUUAUUGGCGAGGUUGAUAUGGAAAAAAUGGGCGAUGCUGCGGACGAGAGUUGA